AUGGGUGAACCGAUAUUUCCUCCGUAUCCGUAUUUGCAUGAUCUUGAGGCUGAAGAAAGGUGUCAGAGGUUCAUCCGCGAAUUCAAAGAGAUUCACAACAGUAUUCACGAUUUUGAAUUCGAUUGUCAUCAAGCCUUUCAAUUCGUUACGACUGUGACCGAAAGUCUGGACAUCAGGGCACAGGUGCGAGCUUUUCUUUUGGAGUACAAGAAGGAAAUUACUCUCCUGGCACCAUUUACUUACUUAACCCCGUACCCUCGAGAAUUUUAUAUAAUUACUACAAUGAAAGGUAAUGACCAAACUAAUAUUUGCUUUAAUAGAAUUCACGUUAGAGGAAGGAAAAUGCGAUUGGCUCUGGAGAAACUAGCACCGACGUUUUCAAAAUUUCGUUGUGAUUCCAAAGAUUUUGAGACAAUUGCAUGUAGUACACAAGCAUGCCCUCACCCUAAAACCCGCCUGAUUGGUUUAAUGCGAAGUGGAAUUUCUUGGUUUUUCUUUGUCAGGAGUUUGAAACCCAGAGCAGAAAAUGCCUUGGCAUUAUAUUUCGCAAACAGGCCUAAUAUUCCGAAAGAAGUGUCUUUUGUCAGUGUUGGCACAGAAACAAGUGAUCUACCUGACAUAGAUGCUGCUCAACUAUUCUUCCAUGAAACCAGUGAAACGCGCUUCCAAAUUCGUGGUUUCCUCCUUGACUACGAAAAUGACAUCAAGUUGCUAGCACCUUACAGUCCUUUCGUAGCUAGUGCUCUUCAGAUCUUGCCAUUGAUACAUGCCGAAAUGGCGCCCACAAUGCACUCCGCAGGUAUAUACGACCACUACAAUGAAAGAGGAAAGAAGAUGCGGCGGACUGUGCAGAACCUUCCAAAGGAGUAUAAUGAUUUCAAGGUUUCGAUUGAGAAUCUUUCGACUGCGCUUUUCCAUAAUCCAAAUAUUUGCGAUCCUGAGACAAUUUUAAAUCUUUAUAAAAAAUGUUAUGCCAAUUGCUUCCUAUUCGUUCAAGAAAAUUCUUCGAAAGUUGAGGAUGCAGUGAAGAUCUUCUUUCAAUUUCGCCGUAAAAUACGUCGUCACCUAGAUAGACCUGAUGAUGACGUCGUUUCAGAUAAUUACAUCUGUUCGGAUUAUUCUGACGAAACUUUCAGUUCUCUAAGUCAACUCUCCGACUUCGAAGAACCUUUUUAA